GCAGCUGAUAAGCUGAUAACAAGAUUUAAUUUCGUCGAUGUCAAUAAUUUUUUAUGAUAAAAUAUUAAUAUUUCAUGACUUCAUGACUAUAAAAGUCCAUCAUUAAUUUAAAAGAUGAUUCAAUAGCUUGUGUGGAAUCUUGUCUACAAUCAUCUAUAAUUUUCAAGACAUUCAAAUUUUUACAAAAUUCACAAAAUGAUACACAGCCUGUUUAUCAUCAAUUCAUCUGGAGAUGUGUUCAUGGAAAAACACUGGAAAAGUGUUAUUUCACGAUCGGUGUGUGAUUAUUUUUUUGAGCAACAACGCAAGAUCACAAAUCCUGAAGACAUUCCACCUGUUAUAGCUACACCUCAUCAUUACCUAAUUAGUAUAUAUCGAUGCGGUCUAUUCUUUGUCGCUGUUUGUAUGACAGAAGUUCCACCCUUAUUCGUCAUUGAAUUUUUACACAGAGUUGUUGAAACUUUCGAUGAUUAUUUUUCCGAAUGCACGGAAUCGAUUAUUAAGGAAAAUUAUGUCGUCGUUUAUGAAUUAUUGGAUGAGAUGUUGGAUAAUGGAUUCCCAUUGGCCACUGAAUCUAAUGUAUUGAAGGAAUUGAUCAAGCCUCCCACAAUUUUGAGAACUAUAGCAAACACAGUCACAGGAAAAUCAAACGUCAGCGCUAUAUUACCCAGUGGACAGCUCUCAAAUGUCCCUUGGAGAAGGACAGGGGUCAAAUAUACGAAUAAUGAAGCGUAUUUCGACGUCGUCGAAGAAGUCGAUGCGAUUAUCGAUAAAGCUGGAUCUACAGUUUUUGCUGAAAUUCAAGGAUACAUCGACUGCUGCAUCAAGUUGAGCGGUAUGCCAGAUUUAUCGUUAUCUUUCAUGAAUCCGCGUCUUUUUGACGAUGUCAGUUUUCAUCCGUGUGUUAGGUUUAAAAGAUGGGAAGGCGAACGAAUCUUAUCUUUCAUUCCACCCGAUGGAAAUUUCCGAUUAAUGUCAUAUCAUAUUGGAUCUCAAAGCGUUGUUGGGAUUCCCAUUUAUAUUAGACAUAAUAUUUCAUUCAAAGAUAUCGGAGGUGGUCGUUUGGAUAUCACUGUCGGACCUCGACAAACUGUUGGGCGAACGGUGGAAAAUGUUGUACUUGAGAUUCCUAUGCCGAAAUCCGUGUUGAAUUGCAUAUUAACUCCUACUCAAGGGAAAUAUUCUUUCGAUCCGGUUACUAAAGUUUUGUUAUGGGAUGUUGGAAGAAUUGAUAUCAGUAAAGUUCCAAAUAUUCGAGGCACUAUAAAUAUUCAAAAUUCAGCUCCAGCUAUCGAAUCUAAUCCAUCAAUCAACGUUAAAUUCACCAUAAAUCAAUUGGCGGUAUCUGGCUUGAAAGUGAACAGAUUAGAUAUGUAUGGAGAAAAGUACAAACCAUUCAAAGGUGUGAAAUACAUAACGAAAGCUGGGAAAUUUCAAAUUAGGAUGUAAACUAUUUCGUAUCUAUUUGUGCAAUAUAAUAUAAAUCUUUUUUACCUAUUGUUCA